UGUCUCUGAGAUCAGCUGUUUAGUCGAAGCAGACACUUGGCUCGGCUCGAUUUUCGAAUAACAAUGGAAAAAUCAACGAAAAACAAUGUUGAUUUUAAAGCAGUAUUCAAAGAAACCCUCAACUCUAUGACUCUGAUUCCUUUGAUGAUCAGUGGAGGUCGAUCUAACGUGACUACGAGAUGCAACAGCAAUAUCACCCUUACUGAUAUGAGAGCACAAUAUGCAAGCAGAGUGCUGAGCAAUAUAUUUGCCUACAAAGAUCAGAAUACUGAAAUCAUUCUUACAAGCAUUAAAAACUCUGAUAACAAGUCCUUGAGUUCAACCAUCACUUGUGUUGUGGGACCAGUUAUCAACCCUUCUACCAAAAAAAAGGAUGUGACGACAUCAUUUGAAGAAUAUAUGAGGCUACGACAGUUGCAUGUUAAAUCCAGGCAUCCAACGGAAGGUAAAAGUAUGUCUGAAGCAUGGAUCACAGAGGCUGUUAUCAGUUAUGAUUUCUUGCACAAUGACACCACAAAACCAAUGCAUGCGGUAGGACUAGCUGGACUAGAAAUUGAUCCUCAAUUCAGAGAAGCAAUAAAGGUUUUGUACAACAGAAGUAGGGUUGCCUGUAUACUUCAAAAAUUUUCUGAUGGAGUGGAUUGCUCACUUUACCCUCCACUGCCAACUUUGGAUAUGACCAAUUUUAAGUUGCUGAAGCAUAAAGCAGAAAUCGAAAUCACAUCCAAAUAUAUUGCUGGAUUUGUUCCUAUGCUGAACAAAUUUUCACUCACUCGCAUCGCUAAGAUAACUUCAGAGUUAUGGCGAUUUUUGCUAUUUUUAUCGCAGGAUUAUUCCCAUUAUUACAGUUCAGUUCGCACCCUAUGUGAUGAACACAACCGAUCGCAUCCAACAAUGCACGCACGAAUUUGGAUGUUGAAAGUGAUAUUAACAAUUUACGACGCAGCUUUCGCCAUAUUGAAUUUGAAGCCCUUGCAGUACGUUUAAAUUACAGUGCCAGAAGUCGAUGUCCAGGAGGAGGAACACCAUUUCUUCGGAAUGGAGAAAAAAUUGAGUUUUGUGUAUUGUUGAACCGUCUGAUGGCCUCAGAGACUUCCGCUGUUUGAAGAGGUUUCAUCGAAUUUGACCAUGUCGGCUAAAAAUACGGAAAUUUUGUUUUAA